AUGAUUCAAUACAGCUUCAGCCCGGUGAAGGCGAAAACCAAAGCAAAGCAAUACGACAGCGUCAUUGCGGAGGCUUUGCUUUACUACAAAAGCGGGAACAGACUCAGCUGUAAGGGCCACCUCGCAAGGGGAGGUGAUCCCCACGGGGGGGUGCACAACUUAUUGGAAUCGCAAGGGGGAGGACGCACAAGCAGACAAAUCAACGACGAUCAUGAUGAUGGAAAAAACAAAUCGAAUUGUCCACCUACGGGAGAGCGCCAAAAGAACAACUCACGGGACUGCAAUUUAUGCUUUUCAGAGGACUUCCAAAAAGAGGAACUUCUAACGGCGCUGAAGCAGUACAUCAGUGAAUAUGUUGGCGAUGUGCAGGAAGCCAAGUGCAGCGAAAUAGCCAACUGCGGUGAUAAGAAGAGGCUGCUAAAGAGGUACAUACACGAAAUUAAGAAGAAUAACUUCCUCGUUUUGGAGGAUCUAUUUUUCUUCUUCAGCGUUAGCAGUGGUUUUAACGAUCGCAACGAUCGUAACGAUUUUAACGAUUACAAGGAGUACGCGCUGAGCAAAAUGUUCCACUGUCUACUGCUCGUGUUCGAGAAAAGGGAAGAGAAAUGCGUCCUGCUCGUUCUGUACAUCCUACUGGUGAUUCUAAACGAGAGCAGUGUUAACAAAUUUUUCACCCACCUGAUCGACGCGCUGAUUGCCAUUUUAAACGCGCACGAGUGCACGUUACCCAUCGGCGAGGCUGACGACAACGUGAGGCUGUUCGACCACAAGCCGAUGGUUCUCACGGGAUACCUCGUGAAUGAAAACGCAAGAUAUUUCCUGUUCUCCUAUUUUUACCUCCUCGUGCGCGACGUUUCGAGGCAGCAGUUCAUGAACCACGCGGAUAAAAUAAUCCGGGUGUGCCUAGUGGGUCUGUUCGACCACUGCUGCGAAAUAAAUUGCCUGAUGAUGAGCUUCAUCGAGGAGACCAUCGAGCAAAUAGAAGACCAGUACGUGAAUUACCACUACAUCAUCAGCACGUGUUUGCUCAAAUGCCUUUGCAACAAGUAUAGUAGGGUCAAAAUAAAAUGCAUGAACACCCUGCUGAAGCUAAUUCUACAUAAUAGUAACUCCAAAAAUUACAAAAUAAUUGAAAUGCUAAUUGGGUAUAAGGACCCCAACGUGGUCCCAAUAAAAAGUUUCUACGACAAUGCUUACGUAAAUAUAAACUACUUGUGCAAUUUGUAUAAUGAUAGAAGCACAAGAGUGAAGUUUCAAUUUUAUUCUUUCCUCUUCCUAUUGCUCUACCAAUUUAACGAGUCAAAUGAUUUUGUUACUUUUCUAUUGCCCUACCUCUUCUCCGCCUGCUUUGAUAAUUACAAGAUAUUCAGAUUGGUGUCUUUUUUGUACAUCCAGCUGAUAUGCAGGAGGAAGCCAUUCGAUUUGGAAAAAAAUAUGAACGAUGAAAUUCUCUACCAGUUUUACCCUGAGUGGUCCUACAAGACGGCUUUCACUUUGCCGCUGCCCCUGACGGAUUAUUAUUUCCCCCCCUUUUGUCGCAGCUCCUUUUUGGUGAAGAAAAAUAUGUACUCCUUGAAUGUUGCUGCUGUAGACCCUCCCUUUAGCGGUGGAAGUAAAACCGUUGUGGAGUCCCACGGAGAGGAGCAAAACAAACUGGAUGGUCAAAAAGAGCAUACCUUUUACCGCCCACACGGGGCUGAGGAACGACUGAACGGUUGGGGGAACCGCCCUAUGGAUGUACCCCCCCGUGAGGAGACUAACGACGCAAAUGACAACCCCCACAGAAGUCACAAACAUGACCAGCUGAGGGAAGACGAAUACUCCGUGGAGUACCACGAGAAGUUGCUCCAAAAUUUUCUCCACAGCAAUCAACGCAUUAUGACCAUCCUCAGAGAAAACAAAAUUAACCAAAUAAAUAUUACCCACAACGAAAUGAACAAAGAGUGUAAGCAGCUAUCCUUCACCAUUUUGAACGCCUACUUUAAACACCUGUAUAUUAAAAAGGAGGACGAAACGAAUAAAUUGGAAUCGCUUGAAAAUGCCAAAAUUAUUUUGUUACUCUUCUAUUUCAUUGAAGAAAAUGUAACGGAACAUCUCCCCCACUUCUUUACACAUCUCCUUUUUGCAUUUGAAAAAAAGCUGGACGAGGAACGCUGGCUCAUUUAUGUGAACUGCCUCUACCUCGUGGGUUCUUACGUUAAUCCGGCCAACUACUAUUUCUUCCUAGAGAACUACUUUAAAAAUGUGAAGGAGAAUAGUCAAAAGAAUGUCACGCUGACUUGCAUCUAUAUGUUAGACCAAAUUUGCAGGGGGACCAUAGAAACGUAUACUGAUAUCCGUCGAAGGGGACUCACCCGCGAUGGGAUUCACUCCAGUUUUGUCCUCGUGCUGGAGAAGAUGAUAGCCCUUUUUUUCGGCGUCAUAAAUGGGGCGCAGCAUGUGGAGCGGUACCUCCUGGUUCUGCAGGUAAUCCACACCAUCCUGAGCAGCGAGUGCGCGUACGGGAGGCUGGACGAGAAGCACAUCACCCAGCUGGUCAUACUGCUAUACAUUAUAUUCAACAAGGUGAAGGACGUCAGAGAAAACUUAGCCAAAGGAAAGGACCAAAUUUGCCUGAACAAGAAUUUCUACCUACCGGUGGAGGUGUUGGACAUCCAUUUUUACGUCACCAGAAUAAAAAGGAUAAAAAACUUCGAACGGUUAGACAUGAGCCAAGAGCAAAUAAACAUCAACAUAGGGUCAGAAAUACUUUACAAAAUAUUCAGUCUCUCAGAAGAUACCCUAAAUCAAAAGACAGCAAUUUUGCAAAUCCUGCCAGAUGAAUUCCUCUACAAUUCUCACUAUAUGUACUUCCUAAUUCAGUACAUAAUUAAAAGGCAAACUUUUUUUUAUGACCAAAGUUUUUCCAUUUUUUUAUGCAAAAUUAUGAUUAAGCUGUUCAACCUGAGCCAAAAUAAGAAGAACAUAACGAAGGUGGUAUUUUACAACGAAGAGCUUGCCUUAUAUGAUGUUCACCAGGAAAGCAGAGAUAAAAAUGCCAAGCAGGUAAAGCACGUGUUUCUCGAAUACGCCUGUACCAUUUUUUUACUGUUUAUCUUUAAAAAUGUAAAUAUUUAUGAAACGUUCAGCAACGUGGUUCAAACCUGUAAAGUGGUGUUGCACCUCCUCACUGAGAUGAAGAAUCCCUACUCCUUUUUGUUCUUCGUCAAGCGCACGAGCCUCAUCAGCAAGCUGUGCGACAUACUCGAGUGCAGAGAAGCGAAAAGCAUCCUUUUCUGCAAACAUGUCCUAAACGACCUGCACAUAAAUUACGAAAAGUAUAUGAACAACGAUGGGGAUAUAAAAUACCUGGACCAUAUAAACAUAGGGAAAAAAAUAGGCCUCAGAAAGCAGGUGAAUGCCGAGGUGGACAUUCUCUUCUACUUUGUAAGUACCUGCAUAUAUUUGACAUACUACAAAUCGCUAGCCUGCUUGUCUGUGCUGCUGAAAGAACGGGCAGAAGAGAUAGGCCACCUAAAAAUACAUGAGGCUUUUAGAACCCUUUUUGAUGGCACAGAAAAACGGGUUCUACAGAUAUUAAAAAUUAAAGAACAGGGAAGUUACACCAUCUCGAAUUUGUACAAAAAAAACGUUGAAGAUAUGCUCCUUGGAAAAAGCAACUUUUCAGAGCUAUUUCACUUGCGGAAUAAAAUUUUAAAAUCCCCCGAUUAUAAUUAUCUCAUAUUGAACACCCACAUCUAUUUUAGAUACUCUUUUGCGCUACUGCAAGGGGUUCACAUGUUUCUGCUGAACCCGGUUAUUCUCCACUACUUUUAUGAAGUGAACCAGGGGGAUUCGCACACCUCAACUGGUGAAAAUUUGUUAAGCGGUCAUGAGUCAGGUAAUUUUUGCACGGAAAACCCCCCACAUGGCAGCGACAAAAUUGAGCAAAAACCACUCAGCAAUGGGGAGAACGACCCAUGUCUGAACCAAAACAAUUUCGUAAAAGAAAUGGAGUCGUUUUUUCAGAAGGAAGAGACACACACUAUAGAGGGCAUCAAAUAUGACCACACCAAUUUGGCAAAUUAUUUUAAAUCUCAUGACUUGGUUUUUUUUACACUCGAACGUGGCGUUUACCACAUUCCUUUCCGCAUCUUGGAGAGGAAUUCACUCAUUAUUUUGCUUUACUCCUCUUUGCUAUUUUUUGUGGAUGAGUUUUUUCAAAUGAGCGUUUUAGAGAAUCGCGCGGAGUCAUCCUUCUUGUCCAGCACCAGUGUGGGUCUUUCGAACGAGUUCUUUUUGAACCCCCUUCAAAUUAGUGAGGACCACUUGAUUGCCCUCUUCAAUUUGGUCAUUCUGCUGUACCUAGAAAACGAGGACCUGGUCAGCGGCGCCUUAAUAAAGAUGAGCUGCAACGGAAAAGCUGAACGAAUGGCUAACUUUGAUAAGGGCAUAUUCUGCAACAUAGUCAACAAUGUGAUUUUCAAUUAUGAAAAGAAAAACCUGGUGAAGGAGUCCCUCUGCGGCUGUCUCAGCUUCCUGCUGUCGGUCCUAUGCGCCAAUUAUGGAGACGUCCUCGCAAAUUUGAAGGUAACGUACUCCAGGACCAAGCACGUUAAGCGGCUGGACGUCUGCAACAGCAUCAUUAACACAUUUCUGUGA